CUCACACACUACACAUCCGUGAUGUCCGCCAAGCGUCGGUCAGUCAUGAUGCCGACGCCCGACACAAGGCCCUUGACCUCGCAAGAGAAAGCGUACCUCUCCGCAUCUGCUCUAGAGUCGGCCUUCCAGCUGGUGGAGAAGUCUAUUGUACAGGGUGGUUCCAUCAACUGGGCAAAGUACGCCACGCAUGGAGACAUCAAGCUGUACACAGCGAGCGGUCAGUAUGGCACGACCAUGUUUUGCGGAGUCUUCGAAGUGGGCGGCUUGCUGGACGACGCAAUCGCGUUCUUGCGCCACGACGGCGAAUGCACCGCAGCACCGCAUUCAACGCACGACAUCGAGCCGCCGUUGCAAGAUCUCGAGUCGAAUCCGCUCUACUCGCUCCACGCGUCCACGCCGGACCAGGCGCCGAUCGACAUUAUGUGGCGGUCAUACCAGUGUCCGUUGCGAGAUCUUGUAGUGCGAGAUAUGUGUCUCUUGGAGUUUGGCCGAGUAUUCCCCGCGGGGUCACGGCACGGAUAUGUCCAAGUGGCCAAAUCCAUCGACAUUGCCAGCUGCGCCCCUCCAGACCCGGCCACCACGGGAGUAGUGCGCGCUGUCAACCACGGGUCGGGCAUGGUCGUGAUGGAGUGCGACCGCCGGGGCGUGUUGGCCGUUGUGUGUGUGUCGCACAUUGACUUACAAGUUGAGUUCCAUCAAAACUCGAUUGCUCGCAAGGUCAUGCUCGCGACGUGCGUGGCCGAGCUGCGCCGCCUGGAGCGCCACUUGAAGCACGUCCGCAUGCUGCACAACCAGCGGCACCCGGGGCUGGUGGUUGAGAUCGUUCCCAAGGCGAUUCGACGGUACUGCCACGUAUGCGCGGCCAAGUUUCCGGCACUGUGCAGGGUUUCCAAGCACCACUGCUCCCACUGCGGCGAAGUUGUGUGCUCGACGUGCCAUACGAUUCAGUUCGUCAAAGGACGUUCCGUCGCCCCGACCAAAUUCAAUUUGUGUGUGCUAUGUGUGUCGACGCUGCCGCCAAACACGGUGACCGUGGCGGCAGGAUCUCCCAACGGAAAGGACUUGCCGACAACGCCGCCCACCAAGGACACCCUCGACAUGCCCACAUCAACCAGGAAAACACGCAUCAGGUCAGCGUCCAAGUGGUGGCGCCGCUCAAGCUCGACAGGGGGAUCUCUUACUCCACACGACGUUCUCUCGACGGUCGCGACCACACCAGACAGCUACCAACACACGAUGACGGGCACAUUAUCGAAAUCGGUGGCCAUCAAAAACAACGAAAACUCGCCAACCGAUCAAGGGGGGUCGCAGGAAACCUCUCCAUCGAAAUCAAACGUGAAGCUCCCCAUGGUCUGGAACCUUCCACCAUCCACAGCGACCAUGAUAUUAAUGGCGACGUGUCGUUGAUUCGAUUUGGGUGUGUUCCAGUUGUAUCCUGCGAAUGUCGACGCCAUGUGGCAUGCCGAACGUUCUUGAAUCACGCCAUGGCGGAUGCAACGGUGAACGCGUGCUUCGUGGGCACGUUUUUUGACAAGAACGGCCAAGGGUCGCACGAAAGCACGGAUCGGCGGCACACCAGAAAGAUGUGUCGAAUGACCCAACACUGCAUCUUGACCA